UGAGGAAGAGAGAGCAAGUGCUUAGAGAGUGAUCGAGAGUUGAGGGAUAGAGUUUGUGUUUUUAAUGUGUGAGGUGAUUUCGUUCGAAAUUAGUUUUUGAGCAUACUUUCCAAUUUUUAAACAAUGGGGCAUAUUUUUCCUAUGUGGGCAGGGGAAAAGCAUACUUUUAGUAUUUACUCGAAACUCAAAUUUCCCUUACUAUUUUAUGUCGAACUACCAAUUGGGGAAAAGAAAAGUGCAUAGCGGAAGUGACAAAAAGUCUAAAACAUACUAAAAGUACUUAUAUAUCCUUUCAGAUUCGUCCUUUGUUCUUUGAAUUCCCCGAUAACUCUUUCAUCUUUUCUGAGAAUCGCCACCAGCAGCACUUCACCAUCUCAAACUCCGGCCUGCGAGCUCCGACUGCUAUCUCUAUUCGUCUGGCCUCUCUUUGGUUCCAUCUCUAAAGGGUCUUCUCCGUUUCUCUCUUGAAGCUUCUUCUUCAUCGGUCACGAAGAUAUGGCUGCUGAAGAGCAAACUCUGGUAGAGAUCUUAGAGGAGCACAUCCCAAUUGAUUUCUCCAAAUACAUCAAUUAUGUCAGUGCUCCACAAGCUGGUGCCAUAGCAACAUUUUCUGGUACAACAAGGGACACUUUUGAGGGCAAAGAUGUGGUGGAGCUAAGAUAUGAAGCAUAUGUGCCCAUGGCUCUGAAAUGCGUCAAUACCAUAUGCUCAUCUGCAAGAUCAUCCUGGAACCUCCAUUCCAUGGCGGUUGCCCACCGCCUUGGGCCAGUUCCUGUUGGUGAAACGAGUGUCUUCAUUGCGGUGUCAUCUGUUCACAGAGCAGAUGCAUUGGAGGCUUGCAAGUAUGUGAUCGAUGAGGUGAAGGCAUUGGUUCCUAUUUGGAAGAAAGAGGUUUAUUCAAAUGGUGAGGUUUGGAAGGAGAAUUCCGAGUUCUUGGAGAGAAGGUUGGAGGAUGGUGGGAAGGAUGAAGAUAAUGGAAGCCUUAAAGAAGUUGAGGUUCAUAGGCAUGAGAGGAAGAAAGGGUGUUGUGGUGCUAAGGUUAAGGUGAUUGAGAGUGGAAAGGAUGAGGUUAAUCAUGAGAGGAAGAGCUGUUGUGGCUCUAAGGUUAAGGUGAUUGAUGGUGGGAGGAAGUGCUGAGGCUCAAUUGUUUUUUUGAAUCAAUAAAGUUUUUGAAUCAAUUGUUUUUUUGAAUCAAUACAAGUUUCUUUUUCUUUUUAUUUAA